AUGGCGGACCCGGCAGCAAGCCCGGCGCCUCCGAAAGCUGUCCCUCCCAGCACCCCGUCCGCUCCGGUAUCGUCGUCGAACCAAGCCCGCCCUUCCUUUGCGGUAGGUCUCAAUGAGGCCGCCCUCGACUCGCCGACGUUUCGCGCUACUUCCUCGCAUUUCGCCGAGCAGGUCGACGGAAUUGAGCGAUGGCUGGAGGGUUACGUCAAGAGCCAAUCCAAGCUUGUCCACGAUCUGCUCGCCCUCGAAGAGACGAUCAACACCUUCCUCUCCCGGAGCACCCCUUCUGCCGCUGUAGCAGAUGGGGUCAUCGAUAAUGAUUACACUCUAUUGGCAUUGAAACGGGUCGGCGAUGGAUCGCGCGAGUGGUGGACUCACAUUCUCAGUACGGUCCGGCGCAUGGACUCCAUCAGCCUCGAUCCCAUCCGCCAUCUCCUUAAUGGGGAGCUUCGCACCUUCAAAGAAGCCCGAAAGGCCCUGGAGCAGACACAAAAGCAUUUCGAUACUACCCUGGCCCGUUAUGUAGGGCAGUCAAAGACGAAAGAGGCAUCAGCGCUUCGUGAAGAUGCGUUCGCCGUGUACGAGGCCAGGAAGGCAUAUCUCAAGGCAUCGAUGGAUUUCUGUCAAAUGGCACCGCAAUUGCGCUAUAGCCUCGACAAGCUCCUUGUUCGUGUCUCGGCCGACUUCUGGCGCGAGAUGAAACGAUCUCGGGAGAGCGCGAGCAGCUAUGCCAAAUGGGGCGACGAGAUGGAGCGUGUUCGCGGCUGGGCCAGGGAUUUGGAGUCUACAGAAGGUUCUCUCAGGCGCGAACUUCAGAUUUCUAGGAGAGAAGUCGGCGAGACCACCUUGGCAACAUUCAAGCCUUCUCGAGAGCUGGACGACUACAGCGUCUCUACAGUGCCCUUCCUGGGAUCUAGAGGGCCGAUGAACAUGCGCACCAAGGAUCAAGACUCUGUCAUCUCUGAGAAGCAAGGCUGGCUCUUUCUUCGCACCGUGUCCGGCAAGCCGGCCAGGUUUACAUGGGUUCGUCGCUGGUAUUACUGUCGCGACGGCAUCUUCGGCUGGCUUGUACAAUCCGGCCAUGGCGUCCUACAAGGUGACGAAAUUGGUGUCCUCCUGUGUGGCGCGAAGCCGGCUGUCCAGGAGGAACGCCGCUUCUGCUUUGAGAUCAAGACCAAGAGCCAAACAUUACUGCUGCAGGCCGAGACCCAAUCCCAGUUGACCGAAUGGCUCGAGGUCUUUGAGGUCGCAAAGAAGCAGGCAUUCGAAGCGAGCAUGGGCCGUGACGCUCCUUCGGCAGCCGGUGUCGACCCUGCUUUUGCGAUCACUCCUCCACUUGUUCCUGAGUUCUCGGCCAAGGCUCUAGACAGCCAGCUCGGGGUGGGGGGCGAAGAUGCAGCGACGGGCGCCGACAGAGGGGCCACCCUCCCCGUGCCCGGAAACGAUGCCAGCCAUAUGUCGCGUUCCAGCUUCGACGCCCCGCUCAACCCUCCAAGGCGCUCUAUCACGACGGCUUUGGUGCGGGAAGAAGGAGAGAGUAGCCGCGACCACGCUGCACGCAUCAUGCAGAAGCUCGACCUUCAUCGCAAGGGCGAUGCUGCUCCGCAACAAGCCGCCGGAGGUAUAGCAAGCCUCAUUUCGGCUAGUCACAACCUUCUGCCUGGCUACAUGAUGCAAAACCCCUCUGCCACUCAGCUGCCACGAGCUGCAACUUUCUCCCAUAUCCCAGCCGCCCCUCAGCUUCCUCUGGGUGAGGUUCGUCGGAGCAACUUGGCGCCCGUGACGCUGGCCAAACCUCCUGCUCCGACAGGAUUGAGCAAGGCUGCUGUUCUGACCAGCGGCGAGCUCGGACUUGGCGGUGCAGAUCCAACGCACACUCUGCCCACAGCGAUCAUGGCAAACUAUUGGGGCAGCAACCUCUGGGGCGCCGCAUACACUCCGAGGCAGGAAUCUGCCCCUACACCUGCUCCAAACGAUGACGACCCCUUCCUACGCUCUGCCAUGCCCCUUGGUUCGCCUACCAAUGGUCAGGCGUCAAGAUCUCCCAACAGUCUUCACAGAAAGACAUUCAGCGCAGAUGUCAAAAUCAUGCCGCCUCGAAUCCUAGAAAAGGCUGCGACGGAGUCGUUCCCCGUUAAUUAUCCCGCAGAGCUCAGAGCACAGCUGGCCCAAUUCCGGCUCUUGUUCCCCUCGGUACCUCUGGAAGAGAAGCUGGUUCUCGUUUUCCGGGCGGCUUGGUCCAGCGCGACAGAGAGUGGUUCCUCAGCAUCUGGACUAGUCGGUAGUGGGCGGGUUUAUAUCACGCCAGACAACAUGUACUUUUACGGUCAACAGAUGGGUCUCAUCACGGCGUACUCCUUCAGCUUGGACAUAAUCUCUGAAGUCACGGCUGCUCCGGGCAAGGACUGCGAUUACAUCUACCUGCAUCUGAACCAAGAUACGAACGAGACCGGUUUCAAGCGCAUCACGCUCAAGACCUUCCUCGACGACUUGGCCCUCUUGCACGCAAGGCUCAACCUUCUUGUGGACGAUCUCCAAGCAGAGGAGCCAAUGGAGCUCCCUGAUCUCAUUGACGCUCUGAUUAACCUGGCAAACGAUGAUCGGGAGAUCAAGAGCCCGGGUGCUGAGAGCUGGGGCGAAGGAUCCGGGAACGAGUCGCCUGAUGAGCAGACGCCUGUCCCUGGCAGAGCGAUCGGCAGGCGUGACUAUUCCGACACCAAGCCGGGACGUGUUACUCGCAAGCUUGUCCCCAAGUUCCAGCUUCCUAGCCAUCCGGUCGUGUACGAGCCCGAAGACAUGGGACAACCAGACGCGGAGCGCCACUUUGAAAUCAGUGCCAAGGCCUGCUUCCAUGUUCUGUUCGGCGACAAGUCAUUCAUCUUCCCCAAGCUCUACUUUGAGCGUCGAGCCAAAGAAAUCGCCCAGGGGCCUUGGGACCUUGCGGACCAAGGGAAAAUGAAGCGGACCUUCAGGUUCAAGGUCGACUUUGCGGACCUGUUGGGCCGCAAGAGGCUCAGCGACAUUGUCGACCAACAAAACAUUGAUGUCUUCAGUGAUCAUGUUACUUACGUGGUCACUCACCACGGCACGCCUUGGCACUUGCCGCAUUCCCAGGAUUUUAAGAUCAUCUGCAAGAUUGUGAUCACGCACAUGGCCAAAUCCAAGUGCAAGCUGGCCAUCUACAACAGGAUCGAGUGGACAAAGCCUCCGGCCUUCUCCAAGAACAUCAUCGAGCGGCAGGCUUUGAAUGACGCCCGCCGGAACGCCGAGGAGCUCGCUGAAGUCGCGACAGACCAAGUCAGGAAGCUCGGCCCUCACAGCAGGACCAAGCGGGCGAUUCAGGUCUACGGCAACCUGGGCCAGCAGACGCAGGUCGUGGUGUUCACGCCAGGAGAAGCGGACCCGGUCAAGAAGACCCAGGUCAAGCAGAGGACUCUAACGGACAUGUUGUCGGAGACCGUCUUUAGUUUUGCGGAGAGCGUCGCUUCUAGCUUGAUGAUGUGGACGUUUGCCGGCGUCAAGAAGCUGUACGACGUCGUGACUGCACAGCGCAUCAUCCUCCUGGUGCUCGCUCUGAGCGUCUUCACCAACCUCGUCUUCAGCUCGAGAGAGACCUCGACGUGGUGGACGGAGAGGAGGGCCGCCAAGUUUAUGAGUCGCAUAGGGGUUGGUCCCAAUGUCGCGAUGAGCAAGUCCAUCUAUAUAGCGGACCUGGAGGAGGCAGCGCAGCAGUCAGGGCUGCCGCCUCACAGAACGCCGACGGAUAGCCCAUGCUACGACACAUUCUGUAAUAUCGUGAACACGACAGAUAUCGAUGCGCCUUACGAGGAUGCGGGGGACAUGCUCUCCGCCGCAUCCAGCAGGGCGGCGGCGAAGCGGCUCAGGCGGACGCGACAGAAGCUCGGCUCUUACAGACACGACCUGCUCGUCGCGAUGCGGGUGGUCAACAGCAUCGAGCGGGAGAUGGUCCAGUCCGAGUGGGAGAACUGGCUGGCGGACGAAAUGCUCCGGUGCGACCAAGUGAAGGCGCUGCUUCACUCACAGCAGCCAGCGGGAGGAGGGAGCGCCAAGAAGAACAAGAAGGCAGCGGCAACAGGGGAGGCAUCUAAGGGAGCCAAUGGGCCACAGAAGGUGAUGCGACCGCUGGACGAGGCGCGGAUAGGCAGCCUGAAGAAGUGGCACGAGGAGUACUGCGGGAGCUGCCGCGCUGAUCAGCGGGAUCUGGAGGGAUAUCGAUUGGCUCACCGGACGAUGAUGGGCUAG